UGCAGUUCUUUGUAGUCCAUGCAAGGAUUUCAGUUUUUACCAGAAGCGAAGCACUGGAGGAUUUGAGCAGGGGAGUGGCCUGCUAGCCCUUGUGUUUCUUUUUAACCAAUUGAACAAAUAACUACAGCUCCUGGUUUGCUGAGAUCCAGGCCAGCAUCUGCCCCUCAGCUUCUUUCCUCUCCACCUCAAAACCCGUGAUUAAAGCAGAUGUGAGUUCAAGUUUCAGAGCUGUUCUGCAAAAUAAGCCAUCCUCUCCAACUGCGUUGGAAUCUGUAACUUUAAUGAAUUUGUUGCUGCAGAAAUCCUGAGUGCCAAAACAUCCACCAAGACUGCUGCUAGCUCUUGUCAUCAUGGAGGUGUUACUUCGUGCCAAGUGUCGGCGCCUGGCAAUUACUGGUUCCGUGAGAGCAUUACAUAAAGAUUAUAGAAUGUUGGCCCCUCAGAAUUUCUCCAACUAUGAAUCCAUGAAGCAUGACUUCAAACUGGAGAUCCCAGAGUAUUUCAACUUUGCCAAAGAUGUCCUCGAUCAAUGGGCCAGGAAAGAAAAGGCUGGAAAGAGACCUCACAAUCCAGCCUUCUGGUGGAUAAAUGGGAAUGGAGAAGAGGUGAGAUGGAGUUUUGAGGAACUGGGAUCUUUAUCCAGGAAAUUUGCCAAUAUACUUACAGAAGCCUGUGCUCUGCAAAGGGGAGAUCGAGUAAUUACAAUUCUGCCCAGGAUCCCAGAGUGGUGGCUGGCAAAUGUGGCCUGUCUGAGAACAGGGACCGUUUUCAUUCCAGGAACUACUCAACUGACCCAGAAAGACAUCCUCUACAGACUUCAAUCUUCAAAAGCAAAGUGCAUCAUUACCGAUGAAGUUUUAGCCCCAGCUGUAGAUGCUGUUGCACCAAAAUGUGAAAAUCUGCACUCCAAGCUAAUUGUGUCUCAAAAAUCCAGAGAGGGGUGGGAGAACCUCAAAGAAAUGAUGAAACAUGCCAGUGACAACCACACCUGUGUGAAGACAAAACACAAUGAGACAAUGGCUAUUUACUUUACCAGUGGGACAAGUGGAUCUCCUAAAAUGACUGAGCAUACUCACAGCAGUUUUGGUUUAGGAUUAUCUGUAAAUGGAAGGUUCUGGCUGGAUUUGACACCUUCAGAUAUAAUGUGGAAUACCUCAGAUACAGGUUGGGCAAAAUCUACAUGGAGUAGUGUUUUUUCUCCAUGGAUCCAGGGAUCAUGUGUAUUUGCACAUUAUUUGCCACAAUUUGAGCCAACUUCCAUCUUGCAAACUCUCUCAAAGUUUCCCAUCACAGUCUUCUGUGCAGCUCCAACUGCAUACCGAAUGCUUGUACAGACUGAUAUGACCGGCUAUAAGUUCAAAAGCUUAAAGCACUGUGUGAGUGCUGGAGAACCAAUCAACCUUGAAGUGCGUGAACAAUGGAGAAACAGGACAGGCCUGGAUAUCUAUGAAGGAUACGGACAGACUGAGACGGUGCUAAUCUGUGGAAAUUUUAAAGGAAUGAAAAUUAAGCCUGGCUCAAUGGGAAAGCCUUCUCCUGCUUUUGAUGUUAAGAUUUUAGAUGUAAAUGGCAAUGUUCUACCUCCUGGACAAGAAGGAGAUAUUGGCAUUCAAGUUCUACCUAACCGACCAUUUGGCCUUUUUACUCGUUAUGUAGAUAAUCCUUCAAAAACAGCUUCAACUCUACGAGGCAAUUUCUAUAUCACUGGGGACCGGGGGUAUAUGGAUGAAGAUGGGUAUUUCUGGUUCGUUGGACGAUCAGAUGAUAUCAUAUUAUCCUCUGGUUACCGAAUUGGACCAUUUGAGGUAGAAAGUGCCUUGACUGAGCACCCUGCAGUUGCAGAGUCAGCUGUUGUCAGCAGCCCAGACCCCAUCAGAGGAGAGGUAGUAAAGGCUUUUAUUGUCCUGAACCCUGGUUACAAGUCACAUGAUAAAGAACAACUUAAAAAGGAGAUUCAGGAGCAUGUAAAAAAAACUACAGCACCUUACAAGUAUCCCAGAAAGGUAGAAUUUAUUCAAGAGCUGCCUAAGACUAUCAGUGGGAAGAUAAAAAGAAAUGAACUGAGGAAGAAAGAAUGGGAAACAAUUUAAAUUCAUUCCAUCAGUUAUCAUGGUAUCUAUAAAACAAAGACUACAGAACCCACAAGAUUAUGGAGAAGUGAUCAAAAAUGAGGUAGUAUGAUUAUAAACUGACAAUUUAAAAUAUCUUGUGGUUAUAACAUCAGAGACUGAACUUUCAUAAAACAUUCAGUAAAUGCCUCUGUAUUAGUGUUGAUGUUCUUAUAAUUUGAUAAUAUAAAAAGAAUACUGUCAAUUUUUGAAGAAUUCUUAAAUGUAUAUUAUAGAUACAGUUUCUGAAACAAAUCUUUGCCCUGUUGGUUUUCAGACCUUAGAUGAAUAAUUCUUCCAAUAUAUUGACUGACAAGUCAGAAGCAAUCUUCAAUCUUAAUAAUACUAUAUAAUUUAUAAAAGUUUUUAGAAAAAAUUUUUUAAAAGUCAGAAGAUUAACAUAAUCCUUAAGUACAUAUAUCUACCUGAAAAUAGAUAGGGAUUUUUAUUAGUCAUAUUUUUAUUCAAAUAAUUUAGAAAUACUUUAAAAUACAUUUCAUGGUUUAAUUAUAAAAGGAUACCAUAUACUAUUGUUCCUUAUUAUAUUUAACCUAAUAAAUAGUUUACAAAAUUUUUCAUUUGUUCAAGACAGUAUGAUAAAUUCAGCAAAGAUUAAUAUAUACAAUAUAAAUAAAAUAGUGUAAGAAAAACAUAAGAAUACUCAUGUUUGAGAAUUGAAGGAACUAUCAGAAUGCAUACAUUAACAAAGAAAAGGCAAAUAAAAGACUAAACUGGUGAAUGAAUUAGAAGUCCAUGAAAUUUUAUUUUUUUUCUAUUUUCAGUUUGUGUGUGUAAGUCCCAGUCCCAGCUCACUUAUGCCCUCUAAAUCCUCAACACUUGCAGCCCUAUAAUACUUUAUCUCUACCAUACUAAAAAUCACAUUAAAGAAAAAGCAGUUCAGAUGUGAAGAAAGUUUGUCAACUCCUCAUUGAAGGUCUGAGUCUCAAAAUAUUUUUAGUAAAAAAACUUACAUUUCUGUCAGAAAUAUGGCUUGUUUUGGAAGAAUUAAAAGUGAGUCCCCCUGGGGAAUGUGACAGAA